GAAUUGGUCACUCUGGACAAAGGAGAGUUUUAUUUGCCGGGCGUGCUGAUGUCCUUUUUCGGGUGAAGCCAACUCAUUUGCCAGCCGGCGAUCGCAGGACUCACAAGACAGGAUGUGGCACGAGGCGAGAAAGCAGGAGCGCAAGAUCCGGGGCCUGAUCGUCGACUACCGCAAGCGGGCGGAACGGCGGCAGUACUUCUACGACAAGAUCCAGGCGGAUCCAACCCAGUUCCUGCAGCUGCACGGCCGGCGAAGCAAGAUAUACUUGGACCCCGCGGUGGCCGCCGCUGGCGAUGGAGCCGCCAUCAUUGUGCCUUGGCAGGGUCAGCAGGACAAUCUUAUCGACCGCUUCGAUGUGCGUGCCCAUCUAGAUCAUAUUCCCCCCGUGAUCAAAACAGGCGCCGAGGGCGGUGAGGUGGACUCCGAGAUGACCGCCGAGGAGCGGCAGCUGAACUACGAGCGCUAUCGCAUCUUGGCGCAAAACGACUUCCUCAACGUUAGCGAGGACAAGUUCCUGCACCAGCUCUACCUGGAGGAGCAGUUCGGGGCCAAUGCCCAGCUGGAGGCGGAGCGGAAUCUAGCCAAGAAGAAGCAGAAAACGGGUGGAGCCACCAUUGGGUACUCCUACGAUGAUGCUGGCGAUGUAGCCACCAUUGGGCCGCAGCCCUUUGGAGCGGCCAGUUCGGCAGCCAGUGGAGGGGCUUCCGUGGCGGCCAAGGGCGAAAAGGCGGAGGGCAGCGACGAAUCCGAUUCGGACAUCGACAUGGACGUGUCCAUUGACAUCGGCAAGCUGGACACCUCGCAAGCCCACGAGCUUAAUGCCUGCGGACGGAACUACGGUAUGAAGAGCAACGACUUUUUCUCACACCUAACCAAGGAUGCGGACGAGGCGGAUGCCUUGCGCAUUGCUCGCGAAGAGGAGCAGGAGAAGAUGCUGCUGAGUGGGCGCAAGUCAAGGCGCGAGCGACGGGCCCAAAAGGAGCGCAGGAUUGCUAACAGGCCAUUUAGUCCACCAAGCUAUGCGGCCAAGGAGGACAAGGAUAAAAAGGGCGGUGGAAAGGGAGGCGACAAGGAAAAGGAGGAGGACAGCGACUCGCGUUCGCCCUCGCCUGCCGAGGCGGGGCCCGAGAAGAUCACGUACAUUACCUCAUUCGGCGGCGAGGACGAGAUGCAGCCCCACUCCAAGAUCACCAUCAGCCUGACGAAGCCGGGCUUGACCCUGGGUGAGUCGUGCAUCAAUGCCAGCAGCGGAGCAGCCAUUGCAGCCGCCGCAGCAGCCUCCUCGGUUUCCUAUGCCCAAAAGGUCAAAGACAACUUGGACAAGUUGAAGGUGAUGAAUGAAUCGGCCAAGCGCAGCAGACGCCGUUCCCGUUCGCACUCCCGUUCACGUUCCAGGAGUGCCUCUGCCUCGAGGAGUCGCAGUGGCAGUCGGCGAAGAAGUCGCCGCAGUCGGAGCUAUCACAGGAGGAGCAGGACGCGCUCUCGCCGCCGUCGUAGGUACUACUCCAGAUCAAGAUCCCGGUCCAGAUCCAGAUCGCGGUCUAGGUCCAGAUCGAGGUCUAGGUCUCGUACCCGCUCGCGCUCUGGCUCGUGGAAACGGUACAAGACGCGCAGUCCCAGCUACAAGCGGUCUAGGAAGCGCUACUCCUAUUCCUCACGCAGCUCCAGCGGCAGCUCCUACAGACGUAGAAGCCGCUCCCGUUCCCACUCCAGUCGAAAGAGUCGCGUCAAGAAGAAGACCACACCUCCGCCAGCGGCGACAGUAGGUGGCUAUUGUCUGAGCACCACCACCACUACAACCACAUCCACUUUGACGGCGGUUAAACUGCUCCAGCAGCAGCAGCAGCAGCAGCCGCAGGCCAAAGCCACGCCACCCAUGAUCAGCUAUCCCCUGCCGGCAAGAGUGCUCAAUUUAAACCAAUCCGGGACAGCUGCCGCUCCUGCUGCUGUGCAACCGCAAGUGGUGGAGCCACCACCACCGCCACUGAAACGCUACUACGGCCGGAAAAGAGCCAACGACACCUCGUCCUCAUCCUCGUCGGGAGCGGAAAAGAGCGAAGCCAGCGACAACGAGGAGCAGCAACCGCCGCAGUUGGGAAAGCGAGCAGACGAUUCCGAUGAUAUGGAAGUGGAGACUGCGUCCGAGCGUUCCCAUGCCCUCCAGCCGACCAUAUCGUCAUCGAGCAGCACGGGUAAUCAAACAGGCAAAUAUAGUUCUGCUACCGAAACCAAAGGCUCUGGACAUCCGAGUUCUGGUGGCGGACGACCCAAUCUGCGCGAACGGCUUAAGCGCAAGAUGCAGAACCUAUUGAACAGGCAAUAUAAAGCUGACAAACGUGCGGAAAUCGAAAAGACCGAGCGGGAACGACUGCAGCAGCAGGAGCGCGAGGACGAGAUGCGUGAACUGGCGCUGAAGCUGCGCAGGAGGCGUCGUGAGCUGCGGCACAAAUAUGGAACGCCCUCGAGCGGCAAGCUCUCGGGCAGCGAGGCGGAAUCGGUGGCCUCGGAGAGUCAGCUGGCGAAGACCUCGUCGCGUCGCAGUCGCAGCAGAUCGCACAGUCGCAGGCGGACUCCUCCGCCGGACACGCAGCACAGCAGGCGGAGCAACAGUCGAACGGAACGGAGGCGUCGGACAAGGACGCCCAGUCCCAAGUACAAUCGGAGGCAGCGCUCGCGCUCCAGGAGCGGCAGUCGCGUGGAUCGAAAGCGACGAUCACAUAGUCGACGAAGGAGUGGCAGUCGCGAUCGCCGCCGUUCUCGAAGUCGGCGAAGUCAAUCCAGGCGGAGGAGGCAGCGGGACCGCAGCGUGGAACGAAACCGCGAGCGGGAGCGGUACAGACAACAGCAUCAGCAGCAGCAGCAACAGCAACAGCAGGACAGGAUGCGGGGACGUGACAGAGAUCGGGAGGCGGACCACGGCCUUAGCGGCAGUGGCUCUUCAAAUCGAGGUCGCGUCGUCAUAUCCGCCCCGCCAAAGCUCAAGAAAUUGGUUGACUAUUGAUCCCGAAAGCGCUGUGAAGGAGACUUUUCUAUUCACUUUAUACACUUGAUAUUCGCUCGAUUGUUAAUAGGACGUAGGAGCGUGUUCUGCGUUAUAUGUUGAUUCUGGCCCAAUAAAAAAAAUUGUAGCCCAUAAUA